AUGACUGAAAUCAGUAAAGACCCGACCUGGAUGGACCAUCUAAGCUUCAUCUCUAGUAUACCUCGUGACUCAAGGGAUCUGUUGUAUCCAAGCUACAGCACGCCGGCAAAGUCAUCCGUCUCAGAUAUGGAAAAUGGAGCACUGCGUGAGGGAAAACCUUUGACGUUAUUGUCGAAUGAGUGUAUUGGACUAUUGGCUCAGUAUGCAGGUGUUGGAUUUCUUGCAGGUAUCAUCCCGGGUGCAAUCUAUCCCGUGCUCCAGGGGUAUUUGAAUGCAGAGGGUACUACCGUCGUUUCUGCUACUGUGCUCGUGCAGAUUCCAUGGUGUUACAAGAUGUUUUUUGGUGUGAUUAGUGACUGCUUUCCAAUUAUGGGCUACCGUCGUCGUCCAUACAUAGUUCUAGGCUGGGUAUUUAGUGUCACAAUUCUUUUUGUUAUGGCUGCAAUGUCCGUCCCUGAUCCAUAUUAUGGAGAUUCUGCAAUGCACACUAUUGAUCAGAAAGAUUGGACCGAAGACAUGAUUGACAGUAUUAACGUAAACGCUCAAAACUCGGGAGGCAAGUACGUGGUGCCCAUGAUGCUAGCAUCCUUCGGCUAUUUGGUCUGUGAAGUAGCUGCUGAUGCUAUGGUUGUCGAGUACGCCCAGCGUGAACCUAUGGAACAGCGCGGGCGAGUUCAGACUGCCGUCUAUGCUGUCAAAACUUCGUUCACUGCUGUAGGUGCCGCUGUUAUCGCUUUCUUCAUGAAUGGAAAGGAGUAUGCCGGAUCGUUCAGCUUCUCACUCUCGUUCCAGCAGCUAAUGCUUAUCACUGGUAUCGUCUGUGUACCCCUAAUCUUCGUAUCGUGGCUUCUGCUGAGCGAAGAUCGUGUCGUGAAUAAAGUGACAUUCCGCGGGUACAUGUCAUCAUUUUGGAUCAUGCUUCAGAAACGUGCUAUUUAUCAAAUCGUGGCGUACAAGUUUUUUUCAGGUGUCUUCAACAGCUUCAAUAUCGUGUCUGCCAGUACUAUAAAGCUGUACUGGGUCCACGCCACACCUUUCAACAAUAGUUUCAUGACCAUUGUGGGCACACUGUUCUAUGCCCUUACCCUGGCAUUGACAGGCAAGUAUGGUCUAGAUUGGAACUGGCGGACGAUCAUUGUCGUUACAAUGUUGGGGGGCUCUCUCCAUUGA